UAUGGCUGCUAGAUUAUAUUUAAAACGUGCUAAACUUUUUGCUAAAUUUCCUCUCAUUUCUGUGCCGAGAACAUUUUGCAUUGCUGCAGCAGAAGCCGAGAAACCUAGCCAAGACAUUCCCCAACGUAGAAAGAGGAAAGAAAAAGAUUUAAGCAAGGUUUUAGCGUACGAACAAUACCGUGAAAAUGUACAAAAAGCACGUGAAAUUUUUCGUGCCGAACAUGAGAAAAGAGAGGCGAGGGAAAGACGGAGGAUUGAGGAAAUAAAUAAGGGAAGUUUUUCUCCGUACGAGCAACACAAGAAGGCAGUUGAAGAUAUCAAGAAAUAUAAUGAAGAGAAGGAAAUUGCAAGGGAAAGUAGACAGAAGGAGCGACAUGAAAGAAUGAAAAUUCAUCUUGAGAAACAAAAAGCGACAUCUGAUGCUGAACAACGUGAGAAGAACAGGGAGUUGGUCCUGAAAGUCAUAGAAGAAAGUAAAUCAUUUGUGACAAUGGAAAACUUGGAAGAAAAGAUAAGGGAAGUGCUGGAGACUGAGACAAACUAUAAUUUUGCCCUGACUGCUCAGCGCAAAAUGAUUAUUUCCCGUGAACCACCCAAUAACCUUGGGGUUCACGGACCUGGUCCAGCAGCGUAUCAACGUGCAGGUUUGACACUGCCAAGGACCAGGAGCGAUAGUUGGAAAACAAGACUCACAAUUGAGGAUGGAGAUGUUGCUAACAACCUGAACACUACUGAGUCAAGUGAAUCCAGUGACAGUGACUCAGAGACUAGCGAUGACGAAAAAGAUUCUGAGAGAUAGAGUACUUUAGAUAUAUACCCAAUAUACCUAUAGGUAGGUUAAAAAACGAAAUAUAAACGUUUGACUAAAA